UUGCAUUGCGGGAAAAGGUAUAUAUAAUGAGUUGAUUAGAAGAAUCUUAACUACAAACAUUCAAGAAGUAAAGGCCACACAAACCAGGAAAAUGAUGAAAAUAAUCUUUCUCGCCUGCAUCGUUGCCUGCGUUUGUGCGGAUUUUUACCCGAAAGGUGGGGACUACUAUACAAAGAGUUACGGAUAUGAUUAUGGAUAUGGGGACUACUAUCCCAAGGGUUACGGAUUUGGUCCAUAUGGUAACUUUGGAGGUGUGAACAGUGGACUCGUUGGCGUUGGGGGUAUAAACAGUGGACUCAAUGGCCUGGGAGGAUACUACCCCGGUUUGGUCGGUAUUGGAGGCGGUUCUGCUGCUGCUGGUUCAGCUGCCGCCGGAGGUGCUGCUGCCGCCGCUGCUGCUGUCGCUGCCGGACAAAAUGCUGCCGCCUCCUCUGCUGCUGCCGCAGGAAACGGUGCUGCUGCCGCUUCUGCAGCUGCUGCAAGUGGACUGAACGUUGCCCCAUACUAUACCAAUCCUGGGUAUUAUUACCAGGGACAACAAUAUUAUAACUUCCCCAACUACUACUUUAAUCAGUAUCCCAGAAACUACUUCCAAUACCCUAUUUUUGGUGUUGGAGGUGGAUCUGCUGCUGCUGCUAGUGCUGCCGCCGCUGGUCAGGCUGCCGCUGCUUCUUCUGCAGCCGCCAGCGGUUCUGCUGCUGCUGGUUCAGCUGCCGCCGGAGGUGCUGCUGCCGCCGCUGCUGCUGUCGCUGCCGGACAAAAUGCUGCCGCCUCCUCUGCUGCUGCCGCAGGAAACGGUGCUGCUGCCGCUUCUGCAGCUGCUGCAAGUGGACUGAACGUUGCCCCAUACUAUACCAAUCCUGGGUAUUAUUACCAGGGACAACAAUAUUAUAACUUCCCCAGCUACUACUUUAAUCAGUAUCCCAGAAACUACUUCCAAUACCCUAUUUUUGGUGUUGGAGGUGGAUCUGCUGCUGCUGCUAGUGCUGCCGCCGCUGGUCAGGCUGCCGCUGCUUCUUCUGCAGCCGCCAGUCAGGGAUUUAAUGGAUUCAAUAAUGGCGUCAUUCUUGGAGGACCUGGAGGUUUUCUCGGCAGAAUACCAAGGAAGGUCUACUAAAUGAUGACAUCUAUUACUCCAAAUGAUUUUGGAUUGGUUGUGAUCGGGUUUAUUUGUUUUAUGAAAAUAAAUAUUGUUAAAUACAUCA